AUGUCAAUAACUUCAAUUGAAAAUUUAUCCAAUGAAUUAUUUUAUGAAAUAUUCGAUUAUUUCAAUGGUUGUGAAAUCUAUCAAACAUUUUCAAAUCUUAAUUAUUGUUUUCAACAACUUCUCAAUUCUUCAUCUUUUCGAUUUAAAAUAAACUUUCAUCAUUCAACAUCGAUAGAAAUAUUUAUGAAUAACUAUAAACAGAUUAUUCUUCUUAAUAAAGAUCAAAUAUUUUCAAUUCAUUUAACAUCAUCAACACAUAAUAACCAAAUUAUUUCAUUACUCAAUAUCGAUUCAUCAUUUAUUCAUCUUGAAUCACUUUUUUUUAGUUCAAUUGAACUAAACAUAUUAACUUUACUUCUUCCCAAAUUAACUCAACUACCUCGUUUUUUCUCAUUAACUAUCGACACACGACAAACUUUAAAAGAUCUAAGUGACGUUUAUCGAUUAAUUUUUAAUUUACCAAAACUGAAAUAUAUCAAAUUCUCAGCAGUAGAACCGGAAAAUAUCGACGUAACGGUUUCCCUACCAAUUACUACCAAUAAACAAGUCAGUACAAUCAAAUAUCUUGUCAUUGAUCAUCCAUGUGCUUUCAACGAACUUUUUACUAUAAUCUCUUAUACAUCUCAGAUUUGUCAUUUAUAUUUUAUACACAAAAAAGGUAGCACUCUAAAAAUUGGAAAUAUUUUGUCGAUUACUUUAUUAAAUUUAACUCAUCUUUCUAUAUAUGGAGAUGAUAUAACAUUCGAUGAAUUUCAAAUAUUCAUUACAAAAAUAGAUUCAAAAUUAAAAGUUUUAUCUAUUACUAGUCUAUCAGAAGAUAUGACUUAUCUUGAUGCCGAUCGUUGGGAAGAAUUUAUUUUGAAAUAUUUACCUUUAUUACAAAAAUUUUAUUUAAAAUAUUAUGUAUUUUUUAACAAUAAUCAUGAAACUCUAAUGUAUCUUAAUAAAUCAAAUCGAUUUGCUUCGUCAUUUUGGAUUGAACGACGAUGGAUAUUAGAAGCUGAAAUCGAUUUUGAUACUGUUAUGUAUUCAAUUGGUCCAUAUAAAGAACAAUGGUAUGAAUAUGAUACACAACAUAACAUAAUGAAUUUUUGGAAGAAACCUACUAAAUCUAUGCGAAUUGUUCUUAUGAGUUUUACUACUGAACAAGAUUUUGAUUUAUUAAAUGAAAAUAUUUGUCAUAUUUUAACUGUAGCACGGAUUUAUCAUCUGAAAAUUUCUAAAAAACUUUUUAAUGGUGCAUUAAUCGAAAUUUUAUAUUUAUUACCUGAACUCAAUUCAUUACAAAUUUCUUCUGUAUCAUUAUCACAUCGAAGAUAUUUAUCUAUUGAUGAAGUUGAACUCGAUUCUAUAUCUAAAAAGAAUCAAAUUACAAAAGUUUGUCUAGAUAAAAUGUUUGCAAUUGAAGAAAUUUAUUUUUUAAUUGAACUUUGUCCUCAUACCACACAUCUCAAAGUAGAUUUUAUAAAUAAUAUGAAUGUUGAAUUAUUUGUACGACUUAUUUUAACAAAAAUUGUUAAAAAAUCUAAUUAUCAACUUCGAUUAUUGUCUUUUCAUGUUGCAGCAGCAGAUGAUGAAAUAAUUGAAAAAUUAAAUAAAACGAUUGACUAUGAAAAAUUGCUAUUAGAUUAUAAAAUUAUACGUAUACUUGAGCAUAUUUAUUUACAAUGGAAAUGA